UUAAGGGUUAAACAUAAUACCUAAUACGGACAUAGACAAACAACCACAACAAAGAGUAACUGAGACAGCAAAGACGACAGGCGACGAGUAAGACCAAUGACUUAACACGAUGAUUAACAAAAGGGAUUUUUUUUGUUUCUCUUUCCAUUCACAUUUCAUUGAUAACCGGAAGCAGCGGUUCAGUGCAGCUUUCUGUGACGAGAAGCUUCUACGGAGCAGCUGCGGCAGCGCCCCGGACUUUCCGUACCCACCGUCUGGAUUGCGAAACGGUCCUGCCCACAUCACUAUAAAGAGGGAUUUCCAUUAUAUUUACCAAAACAGGAUUAUAUUUUUCUUAUUGGGUUUGUACUAUUCAAUUAUGGAGGCUUAGACACCUACAGAAGAGAUGUCCAAGAUGGGGGGAGGGGUUUGAGAUCACAUAUCCCUUGGUCUGUGUGUGUGUGUGUGUGUGUGUGUGUAUGUAUGUGUGUGUGUGCGUGUGCUUGAGAAAAAUGUAUUUAAUUUAUAAUGUUGUUACACUUAAUCAUGUAUUUUAUGUUUAAGUCUGAAUGGCUAGGUAGUGUGUUAGACAUGUCUGUGAUAAAUAUACAAGAAAAUAAAUUGUAUAUUGAUCCUGGAUGAUCUGAUUAUAAUAUUAUUGAUUUUUUUUUUUUAAUGAUUUGAAGGAUUUUAAUCAAGCUGUUUAAGAUGAAACAUCCUUUUUUUUUACUGCACAGGAUGUGUUUUGUUUGACUCCCUGUUCUGUAACUGAAAAAGAAAUAUUUUAAGUUUCAGCAGUGAUAUGUUAAGAGGGGGUUCUCUCUUCGAGUUACAGGUAGUCUGGAUCCAGAUGUAGAGUAUGUGGAGGGAAUAGGAUAUUUGAGUAAAAUAUGACAGAUACUGAGUAACAGUGAUGAGUGAUGGGCAGUGAGCUGUUUCUACUGCAUGAGCCUCAGUUUCCUUUCGUUUGAUCUAACUUAAAACCCCCCACCUUCUCAGCCCCCUGAUCUAUUUUACUAUUUUCUGUUUCAGUGUGAAUGAGUGUGUCUGUGUGAGAGAGUGAGACCUUGGGUAUUCUCAAACCUCUCUCCCCUUGAAGGACAUCUCUUUUACCUUCAUAUCGCUAUACUUACAUUCUAAAAAUGGAAACUCUUGUUCAACUCAAAAACAACCAAUUUUUGAUGGGGCUGUGUCGCAACGGGCCUCCACCUGACCUGCAGUAUGAUAACUCCUCAGAGCUCUUCCGCAUCUCCACCUUUGCUCGUUUCCCAGCUUCAGGGGUCACAGAGAGAAGUCUGGCGAGGGCGGGUUGGUUCUACACCGGCGUGGGCGACAGGGUGCAGUGUUUCAGGUGUAAUGUGACUGCAGAGGGCUGGCAGGCAGGAGACUGUCCGACAGAGAAACACAGACAGCUCUCUCCUUCCUGCUCCUUCAUCCAAAGCCUCCCUUCUACAGCCAACCUGCUCUCCUCCUCACACUCCGCCUUCUCUCCUCUGCGCAUCGCCCCAGCCAUACCAAUUUCUGGUCCAGCUGCUCCUAACCCGACAGUAAACCAAAGCGAAGAGCCAGUCGGCUACCUAAACAUGGGCUUCUCCGCUCCACCGCCCUCCAGCCCACUAAGCUCUCGAGGCGUGGAAGACAUGUCUCACCAGAGACCGACGUGCCACAACCCCAGCAUGCGCAGAGAGCAGGACCGCCUCGACUCCUUUCACGCCUGGACGCUCUCCAUCAUCACCCCUGGUGAGCUCGCCAAGGCGGGAUUCUACUACCUGGGCCAGGGUGACAGAGUGGCCUGCUUCAGCUGUGGAGGGCAGGUGUGUGUCAACGCAGGAGCGCGAGCAGAUCAAAAUAGCCAAUUGAGUAACUGGGAGCCAGGCGACAGAGCCGUGUCUGAACACCAGAGGCAUUAUCCAAAUUGUCGUUUUGUCCGGGGGGACAGAGCCGACAACGUGUCGCUGGCCGGAGCUGCGGGGGCUGCAUCUGGAGCAGUAACCUCCCAAAUGUCAGCAGGAGCUCCAGCCCUCAGUAACGUGUCCAACCCCGCCAUGCAGCAGAGCGAAGAGAGGUUGCUCACCUUUGUCAACUGGCCAGCUCGAAUCCCCGUCCGGCCUGACCAGCUGGCUAAAGCUGGCUUCUACUAUGUUGGUCGUAACGAUGACGUCAAGUGUUUCUGCUGCGAUGGAGGCCUGCGGUGCUGGGAGUCUGGAGAUGAUCCCUGGGUGGAACACGCUAAAUGGUUUCCUCGGUGUGAAUAUUUGCUCCAGGAGAAGGGACAAGACUUUGUUCACCAGAUUCAGGCUCGUUUUCCUCGGCUGUUUGAGCAGCUUUUAACAAAUGGAGACAGCAGCUCCAGAGAGUUUGUGGAUCCACCUGUGGUUCACCUUGGUCCAGGAGAGGAGCGCUCCGAGGAUGCAGUCAUGAUGAACACUCCUGUGAUUAAAUCGGCUUUAGAGAUGGGUUUUGAGCGCAGUUUAGUAAAGCAGACGGUCCAGAGCAAGAUCCUGACCAGUGGAGAGAACUACAGAACAGUCCAGGAGCUGGUCUCAGACCUGCUGAGUGCAGAGGACCAGAAAAGAGAAGAAGAGCGAGAGAUGCUCGCAGAGGCGAUGGCAUCAGAUGGUUUCACCUUUGUGAAGAGACACCAAGCAGCGUUGAUCCAGCGCCUGAAGAGUGUUGAACCAGUUUAUGAGCAUUUAAGAGAGCAAAAUGUGUUAUCUGCCGAGGACUACAGUGGUCUUCAGGCUCAGACAACAGCGCAGCAGCAAACCGCCAAGCUGAUAGAGCUCGUCCUCACCAAGGGCAACGCUGCAGCCGAGGUCUUCCGCAACUGGAUCCAGAAAAAUGACGUCCACUUGCUCCGAGAUCUCAUGGCCCAGUCAAGUGAAGCUGCGUCACCAAGCCAAGAUCUUUCAGAUCUCCCCAUGGAGGAGCAGCUGCGGCGCCUGCAGGAGGAGCGUACUUGUAAAGUGUGUAUGGAUAAAGAGGUCAACAUUGUCUUCAUCCCAUGUGGACACCUGGUGGUGUGCAAGGAGUGUGCGCCAUCACUGCGAAAGUGCCCAAUCUGCAGAGGCCUGGUUAAAGGCACUGUCCGAACGUUCCUAUCAUAAUCAGGAGGUUCAUCGGUCUCUUGUGUCACAAUGUGAUUGAAUGUAAGCAAUAUAAUACAAAUCUAUACUCUAUUUAUUAUAAAGCAGCCGCGAGGUAUUUAUAAUUUUUUUUCCCCAAGAUGUGUUUUACCUGUACAUGUUAAUUAGGGCUGGGCGAUAUAGACAAAAUCAAAUAUCACAAUAUUUUUCCCUAACUACCUAAAUAUUUGAUAUUGCGACAAUAUUGUAGGAUAUUUGUUGCUUUCACAAAUUAUAUUAUUGUUGUAUUAUAUAUAAUGUGUAAGUGGGUAAAGGCCAAUAAUAGACCAGCUAGAACAGUCUGCUGAGUUAAGAAAAUUACAUCUCUUGACUAUAAUGAAGCUUUUAAACCAAGAGAACACAACACUUGUUAUAUCACUAUAUUAUCAAAUCCAAAUUAUUAUAAAUAUCUAAAUUCUAAGACGAUAAAGUCUCAUAUCACUAUAUCGAUAUAAUAGAUACAUUGCCCAGCCCUAAUGUUGAUCCUUAAAAGCAUAACCGGAAGAAACCAACAGAAGUACAAUAUGUUAUGUAUGUAAAUGUUCAGUUCAAUGUUCAGUAUAUUUUCUAACAUUGACAUACUCUGUAUCAUGAUAUGGGAGUGUUUGACAAGCAAACUUAUGUUCAGUGCCAAUAGCUGUUAUGCAUUAAAUCAGACUAAACUCUUAACACAUGUAGAACAAAAACUAAUUUUUAGUUUGUAGAAUUCCUGAAGUUAGAGAAAAUUUUGGGGAGUAGUUAUGAUCAUAUAAUACAAUUAAGUUUAAAGUUGAACUGACAUAGUUGAACUCUUGUUUUCAAAUUCCUCAUCACACUACCAAUAAAGUGGAAAUAUAAAACAGUCAUUUUUCUGUACUGUCAUUUUCUGUAUGACACCACCCAACUAUCCACCAUCAUCCAGUAAAAAAAUAAAAACCUUCACGAAGUUCAGAUCUUCCCAUCAGAAACUGGAGACGUUGCACUGUCAGCCAGGUGCUCUGUGCUUAUUGUUACUAAGUGAAUGUAAAUUCUCAAUAAACUUGGUACUAAAGUAUGCUU